CUUCCUUUCCCUGUGCCUCGGGUCCAGCAGGGAGGAAUCUCCGUGUGCCGGCUGGGCAGGGACCCCCUAAAGUCACAAGAGGGGGCGCACAGAGAUCUGCCGGGGGUCAGGCUGCCAUGGGUCCCCGCUCACCCCAGACCUGCCCACUGCCCCCCUCCCAAGGUGCCUGCAGAGUCCCCGGGGGGUGAGUGGCACUUGUACCAGUCUUAUGAGGGAUCGCCGGGUGCCCGCAGCGGGACGUCUGCCCUCACUCCGAUGGAUGUAAAGACCCCGACCGAAAGAAUGAAGUAACCGUGAUGGAGCCGGUAUCUGCCCCGGGCUCCAGCAUCAGAGCAGCCGCGUCCAGGGGGAGAUCGCUCUUUCUUUGUAUUCUUUUAUAUGUUUCCUGUUGCCUGGAUAUUUCUCAGGGAGCAGCUGAAGAUGUGGACGUUCUUCAGAAGUUGGGCCUCAUGGGGAGCAAGCCAUCCAGCCGCCCAAUUCCCGAAGGGGUCAUCCCGUUCAAGUCGGGAGUCAUUUUGACCCAGCGAGCACGUAUCGAAGCUCCGAUAUACGCCGUCAUACCGCCGAGCUUAGGAACCAACCUCACCCUGGUGCUGAGCCUCUGCUCGCAUCGCAUUAACAAUGCCUUUUUAUUCGCUGUCCGUAGCAAAAAGAAAAAACUUGAGCUCGGGUUGCAGUUCAUCCCGGGGAAAAUUAUAGUGUACGUGGGUCACAAGCAAUCCGUUUACUUCGAUUACAAUGUCCAUGACGGCCAGUGGCACAAUAUGGCUGUUGAUAUUCAAGGCCAAAAGGUGACUCUAUAUACUUCUUGUGGGAAGCAAAGAGUUAACGCCAGUCUGCAUAUAAAGAAAGAUGACACUUUGGAUUCUGAUGGGGUAUUUACGCUGGGGAAGCUGAACCAGCAGACUAUACAAUUUGAAGGUGCUAUUUGCCAGUUUGAUAUUUAUCCUUCCGCCAAGGCAGCUCACAAUUACUGUAAAUAUCUCAAGAAGCAAUGCAGGCAAGCGGAUACCUACCGGCCGAACCUGCCGCCUCUCAUCCCGCUGUUACCCCAAGAAGCCAUUUUGCCUCCAAUCCAAGAGCUAUUGCAAUCUCUAAGUAACCUUUCCACCAUUGCUCCUCAAGUAGAAUCGAGUAAAGCACACGUGACAACCAAAGUUAAGAUUCCUUCUGUGAAGUCAACGACAAAAUCGCCAACUGCAUCGUCCUCAACGCCUCCAACCCUUCAUAAAGCCGACACUCAACUCUCUUCGAGUCUCUCAACCAGGACUGCCACCAUGGCCCUCAGGAUAUCUCCGUCUAUUACUUCUACACCAGAUCAGCCUCAUCUUUCGGUAACCAAACUCAGUGCAUUACUUGGCCAGAACACUACGAAGAUCAAGAAGCAACAACUGCCGUCAGAGAAAAUAACCCCUCAGACCACCUACCAAAAAACAACCACCAGGCCUCCAGCGGCAACUGUCUCAUCUAAGCAGGUUAAAAAAAGCACCGGAAAUCCCAGGAGUACAAAUACCACCAUUUCAAAGCAAGUAUGGGAGAAAAGAACCAGUUCUCCGACUCUUAAGCCUCCUGCCAUGAUCCCUAAGGUCUUCUCAACAGCCACCUCAGUACCUUACACAAAACCAGGAUCUGGGUUCCAUCACACCACCUCCUCAACAUUUACCAGCAUGCCCUUCACUCACGACUACCUGUGGCUCGACCCAACUGCAUUUCCUUACUUGAUGGGACCUCCUGGGCCCAAAGGGGAUCUGGGUGCCCCAGGACCACCUGGCCCACCAGGACUUCCUGGACCACCUGGGAAAAGAGGUCCAAGAGGUCCUCCUGGCCCUCAUGGAAAUCCUGGCCCACCCGGACACCCUGGUCCAAAGGGUCAAAAGGGUGAUCCUGGCCUCUCUCCAGGAAAAGCCAUGAAUGGAUUGAAGGGAGACCCUGGAUUGGCUGGUCUGACGGGUGUUCCUGGGCCCCUGGGUCGAAAGGGACAGAAGGGUUAUCCCGGACCCCAAGGUCAUCCUGGUGAACCGGGAGAACGAGGACCAGAAGGAAGUCCGGGGGCCAAAGGUUAUCCUGGCAGGCAGGGAUUACCAGGUCCGAUAGGAGCUCCAGGACCAAAGGGAAGUCGGGGCUAUAUUGGCCUUCCAGGAUUAUUUGGGUUACCUGGAGCUGAUGGAGAACGCGGUUUGCCUGGAGUUCCCGGGAAGAGGGGCACGAUGGGUAGGCCGGGCUUUCCUGGUGACUUUGGAGAGCGCGGUCCCCCAGGACUUGAUGGCAACCCCGGAGAGUUCGGUCCCCCGGGUCCCGCUGGUGUCCCAGGAUUCAUUGGUGACAUGGGUGCUCUUGGACCUAUAGGCUUUAUGGGACCCAAAGGUUUGAAGGGGCUGCCGGGGAACCCAGGAGAAUCUGGACUGAAAGGUGAUAAGGGCUUUCAGGGACUUCCAGGGAUACCCGGAGAAGUAGGAUAUCAAGGCGACAAGGGCAGCCAGGGUCUCCCAGGGCCACCAGGACCACGUGGAAAGACGGGACCUGUGGGUAAACCAGGUGACAAAGGAUUCACCGGGCUUCCAGGUCCUCCAGGUCCAGAGGGCUUUCCAGGGGACAUUGGGCCUCCAGGACAAAAUGGACCGGAAGGAUUAAAGGGAAAGCCAGGAGCCAGAGGUUUCCCGGGGCCCAGAGGACAGCCUGGCCUGGAGGGAGAUGAAGGACCGAUUGGACCACCAGGAGCUCCCGGUCUGGAGGGUUAUCCAGGCAGAAAGGGAUUCCCAGGUAUUCCCGGAGCAGAAGGACUAAAGGGUGAGCCAGGAAACACAGGAAGAGCCGGGAAGAUCGGUGAACAGGGUCUUCCAGGAUUUAUUGGUCCUGUGGGGGAGACAGGAAUUCCAGGUGAAAAGGGAGACCGAGGCAGUACUGGGGCUCCAGGACCUCCAGGAGAGAAGGGAUCACUGGGUCACACCGGCAAUCCCGGACCACCAGGUCCUCCUGGUCCUCCAGGACCACCGGGUGUACCCGGAUCACGUGGGGCUACAGGUAUCCGAGGUCCAAAAGGCCGAAGGGGUGCCAGAGGCCCUGAUGGACCAACGGGAGGAUCUGGGCUACCAGGUACCAAGGGACCUCAAGGAGUUCGGGGUAAAGAAGGACCAGUUGGGCAACAGGGCAAGAUGGGAGAAAGAGGACCUGUCGGGCCACGUGGUUUUACAGGUAUUCCAGGACCUUCUGGCCCAACUGGAGAGAAAGGAAUUCCAGGAAACCCGGGACCACCAGGACCACAAGGGCCUGUCGGGGCUUUGGGUGAAAUUGGACAUAAGGGACCUCCAGGGGCAAAAGGAGAACCAGGGCCACCAGGUGAUCUAGGAAUGAAGGGAGAUAUUGGUCCAUUGGGAAUACCGGGAGAACAAGGCCUCAUAGGCCAGAGAGGAGAAACAGGCCUAGAAGGGGACAGUGGUCCGAUGGGCCCCGACGGACUGAAGGGUGAGAAAGGCGAGCCAGGCCCUGACGGGGAGAAUGGAGAAAAGGGCACCGUCGGCUUAAUAGGAAAAGAUGGUCCUCCCGGUUUCAAUGGAAUUCCAGGUGUCAGAGGAGUAGAGGGAAAACCUGGAAAACAAGGGGAAAAGGGAAAGCCAGGACGCAAGGGAAGCAAAGGUAUUCAGGGUCACCUUGGGGAGACCGGUUCUCCAGGUAAACCAGGACCACCAGGGAAUCAAGGACCCAAGGGAAGUAGAGGCACCCUCGGGCCUGUGGGCUCUCCUGGCAGGAUGGGUGCACAGGGAGAACCAGGAAUUCACGGUUAUCAGGGACAUGCAGGCCCCCCAGGUCCAGUUGGUCCUCCAGGAGUAAAAGGCGAAAAGGGAGAACAAGGGGAAGAUGGCAAAACGGAAGGUGCCCCGGGUUCUCCUGGAGACAGAGGACCUGUUGGUGACCGCGGAGACCGAGGAGAACCAGGGGACCCAGGAUAUCCUGGUCAAGAAGGACCAGAAGGCCCCAGAGGGAAAGCUGGACAACAAGGCUUACCAGGCCAUGCGGGACCACCAGGUUUUCAAGGUUUAAAGGGAUCCAAAGGUGCUAUGGGUUUAAAGGGCAAAGCAGGAAAAUCAGGAGAACCCGGCGCUCACGGUCCACCUGGGGCAGUAGGAAUGGUCGGACCCCGGGGAGUAGUAGGAAGACAAGGCCAAGAGGGUCCCCCAGGACCAGAUGGAAUACCAGGGAAAGAUGGCACUUCUGGGCUGAAAGGAGAACAAGGUGACGAUGGAGAAAUCGGCCCUGCUGGCAUGUCUGGAAAGCGUGGAAACACUGGUGUGCCCGGAUUACCUGGGGCUCAGGGACCAUUUGGGUUUAGGGGAGAAAGAGGAUUGCCAGGUCAAGUGGGGGCACCAGGUAAACGCGGCAUGGAAGGUGGCAUGGGACUUCCUGGUGCCAAAGGAGAGACCGGGCCGAAAGGCCAGCCAGGUGACCCUGGGGAGACUGGAUUUCCUGGCAUGGCCGGACUGUUUGGACCAAAGGGACCUCCUGGGGACAUCGGCUAUAAGGGCAUUCAAGGACCUAAAGGACCUCCUGGUCUGAUGGGAAAUGUAGGAGUCAUCGGACCAGUGGGUAUUGUCGGGCCUUCUGGAAACCUAGGCCCGGUGGGAGACAAAGGAACACAAGGGGAAACCGGAUUGCCGGGGCCUCGGGGUCCUCCCGGUCCGCGUGGAAAGCCUGGACCACCGGGGCCUCCUGUGUUUUUGGAAUCAUUUAGAACAGAAGACUUCAGUGAAUCUUACCAAGCCCUAAUGGACUCCAAUGGACCGUCCUACCGAAGUACUGACUUUAUGUUUGUGGAGCACGGAGGAGAAAUUUUUAAGACCUUACACUACCUCAGUAGCCUCAUCCAAAGUAUAAAAAAUCCGCUGGGCACUAAAGACAACCCUGCCCGAAUCUGCAGAGAUCUGAUGAAUUGCCAACAAAAGAUGGGAGAUGGCACUUAUUGGAUUGAUCCCAAUCUUGGCUGUUCUUCUGAUACCAUCGAAGUCACCUGUAACUUUACACAGGGUGGUCAGACGUGUCUUAGGCCGGUCACUGCAUCCAAGUUGGUGUUUGACGUCGGCCGAGUUCAGAUGAAUUUUCUUCACCUCUUGAGUUCGGAGGCCGUUCAGCACAUAACAAUCCACUGCCUGAAUGUCCCUGUGUGGGGAUCAUCGUCAGACAAACCCUCCCAGAAUGCUGUGCGAUUCAGGGCCUGGAAUGGACAGAUAUUUGAGGCAGGAGGUCAAUAUCAGCCAGAGGUCACUGUGGAUGACUGCAGGUUACAAGAUGGACGUUGGCAUCAAACCAUCUUUACCUUUCGAACACAAGACCCCAAUCAGUUACCGAUCCUCGACGUCUUAAAUCUCCCUCCAUCCACACCCGGCAAGAACCUUCACUUGGAAGUGGGGAGCGUAUGCUUCUUGUGAAAAGUUACCUUGGUUCUGCAUCCAUUGGACCCCCGAAUACCCUCGUACUCCGAGCAGGUGAAAGGUGCCAAAUGACUUGCAAACAUAAUAGAGCUAAUCACACUUCCCUGCUCCCCUCCCGACCCAUUGUACCAGAGCAGAACUGAGAACGGAGGGGAUACAACCAUCUAGACCCCCCCCCCCUCCCGCCCGCCACCACAACCCGCUGUGCAAUGGUAAUCGAGGGCACGGGAAACAGAAUCAUUGCUCCCCCCCCCGGAGCUGACACUUACUAAAAAGGGGUGUCGGCGAAAAGGGAUAUGGAAGAUCCGCGGUCUACCAGUCACCCGCCUGAGAGACAACAAAAAAACAACAUAAAAGAUUAAUAACGUUAUCCUCCCCCCUUCUGCCGGGGAGCGGCUAACAGAAAGAGCAUUAUGGGUAAUACAGGCAGAAAGCAUUGUUGAAGUGCAAUAUAAAAUAACGUGUACAAACAAAAAACAAAAAAAAACUAAAAAGAAUAAAUAAAAAAUAAUAUAAAUGUUAUUUAAUGAGAGAAAGUAUAUAACUC